UCGCGUCAAUUAAAACUUCUUCACUUUUCAGCCCCCAAAAAAUGAUCGAUAAACUUGAAAAAAACCUUCGCUUUCGGAUAUAUUUUUAUUUUUGACUCGCUUCGCCAAGUUUGACGGACUUCCGGCCGCAGGUGAGCAUGAGCGUCACUCGGUGAGGAUUAGCGGCGUGAGGGAGGCGACAUGAGCCGCGGGGACGUGCCUGUGACCCGGGGAGGCUGAUGGAAAAUAGCCCGCUGAGCGCCCGCUGCUCCGGCCCCGUCCAGAGGAAAGUCCUCCUGCUCAGCAUCAUGGUCCUCGUCUGGCUCUUCAUGCUCUACUCCUGCGCGGGGCCGUGCUCCGGCGUGCCCGGCGGGCUGCUCGAGUCCUACCGGGAAAGCGGCGCUCCGGUGGUGGCCAGGAGGGCCGAGCGGGCGGACCUGCUGUCGCGGCUGAUGGUGGCCAAGACGCCGCCGCAGCAGCAGCAGCAGCCGUGGGAGGACGUGGACGACGAGGAGCCCCCCGUCAGGACCGCCGCCGCGUCCCGGGACUUGCUCGACGACGAGCCGCCGGAGAGGACCGCCAACUGGGACGGUGUGCCCGGGCGGGCGCCAGCCCCGCAGCUCAGCGGCUUGUCGAGCUUCUCCAACGGCUCCGGGAGCAAGAAGCUGCCGCAGGCGAUCAUCAUCGGGGUGAAGAAGGGAGGCACCCGGGCUCUGCUGGAGUUCCUGCGGGUGCACCCGGACAUUAGGGCCGUGGGGGCCGAGCCGCACUUCUUCGACCGCAACUACGACAAGGGCCUGGGGUGGUACAGGGACCUGAUGCCCAAGACCCUGGAGGGCCAGAUCACCAUGGAGAAGACCCCCAGCUACUUCGUGACCAAAGAGGCUCCGGCCCGGAUCGCGGCCAUGUCCCGGGCCACCAAGCUGAUCGUGGUGGUGCGGGACCCGGUCACCCGGGCCAUUUCGGACUACACCCAGACUCUGUCCAAGAAGCCCGACAUCCCCUCCUUCCAGAGCCUGACCUUCAAGAACCGGACCACGGGGCUCAUCGACACGUCGUGGAGCGCCGUCCAGAUCGGGGUCUACGCCAAGCACCUGGACAACUGGCUGCAGUAUUUCCCCGCCCGCCAGAUCCUCUUCGUGAGCGGCGAGCGGCUCAUCAGCGACCCGGCCGGAGAGCUGGGCCGCGUGCAGGACUUCCUGGGCCUGAAGCGCAUCAUCACGGACAAACACUUCUACUUCAACCAGACCAAGGGCUUCCCCUGCCUCAAGAAGGCCGAGGGCAGCAGCAAGCCCCACUGCCUGGGGAAGACCAAAGGCCGCACGCACCCGGACAUCCGGCCCGAGGUGGUGCAAAGGCUCCGGGACUUCUACAGGCCCUUUAACAUGAAGUUCUACCAGAUGACCGCACACAACUUUGCCUGGGACUGACUGACUAUUAUUGUUAUUAUUAUUAUUGUUAUUAUUAUUAUUAUUAUUAUUUGUAGAUCCUGUAAUGAGAGGUGGACAUAUAUAUAUAUAUACAUAUAUACAUAUAUAUAUAUGUAUGUAAAUGUACAGAAAUCUAUUUUAUAAUAAUUUAUUUUUAUUUCCCAGCAAUUAAUUCACUAAGCUGCCUAACCGUGUUCCUUCACCACGUCUGGCUCACCUUUUUGUUUGUUUGUGGCUUUUAAUCGACAUUCCUCACGUCCAUAACGCUGAGUCGGCAGGCAAUCGGAUUCCACGCUUUUGUCUCCCAGUAGAAGGCCAAGGUAGCUACACAACAACUCCAGUUAACUUAUGCUGAUUUGACACUUUUUACCCUUAAUUUCCCCAGCCAAACACCUUGGAGUCGUAUAACUUGGUAUGUGACACGAGCCAUAUGUUAGCAUGCUAAUAUUAGCAUGCUAACUUUUGGAGCGAGUUUUGCAACCGUUUACA